GAAAUCCUAACAGUUGUCUUUCCUGUCAGUGGACAACCCCUAUAGUUCCUAAGUUUGUUUAUCCUGUUUCCAAAUUAAAGUCUGAACUUUCAACUUACACGAUGUUGUAAUAAUUAACGAGUAACAUGUAGGAUCGAAUAUGGCCCCGAGAUGCGUCCAACUGUUGUGCACGUUGGCCGUUUUCGUUGCAAUUUUGGCUGUUUAUUUCCCUACGCGACACGCCAGGCAUUACGUCUACAUCAGUCCCGAAGAUGCCGUUAAAGAAAUCGUGCUCAACCGACAGGAAAAAAUCCCAAAGAAUUUACCGAAUUGUUCCUAUAAUCAAGUACUACUGACCAGUAAACUAAUCGACAUAAAUGAAAUCGGUGACAGGCAAAAGGGGUUUAUAACACCGAAAAGAGGAGGCGAAUAUGAGCCCUCAGGAUGCAUACCCAUGAUUAAAAGUGCCAUAAUCAUCCCAUAUAGGAACCGUUCUGAACAACUCAACAUUUUUUUAAAUUACAUGCACAAGUUCCUACAACAGCAGAAUAUACAUUAUAAGAUUAUCGUAGUAGAGCAAAAUGACACGCUGCCUUUUAACAGGGCUAAAAUGAUCAAUUUUGGGGCCCAAUAUGCUUUAGGAUUGAACUACACUUGUCUUAUAUUGCAUGAUGUUGAUCUAAUCCCACUAACGACAGGUAAUUUAUAUGGUUGUACAUAUAGGCCAAGGCAUAUGUCCAGUAGCUUGGACACUUUCCGCUAUAAUUUGCCAUAUCUUACUUUAUUUGGUGGAGCCAUUUCCAUACUUUCCAAUCAGUUUCAAUCCAUCAAUGGAAUGUCAAAUUUAUUUUAUGGAUGGGGCGGAGAAGAUGAUGACUUUUAUAAGAGACUUGAGGCAAUUAAUCUGCUGCCAUAUCGAUUUGCUCCAGAAUUGAGCAAAUACACCAUGUUAAUGCACAAGAAACAACAAGUAGUGGAUAAUAAAAGAUUUGACAAGUUGGAAAACUCUUUGGAAAAUAUGUCGGAUGGCUUGAGUUCUUUGAAUAGAAAAUACUCAGUUUAUUUGGAAGAUCUGUAUACCAAAGUAGUCUCAUUUUAAAUAGAUCUGAAUAAGUUAUGUAUAUGCUCAAAUUUUUAAUUUAUGAAUGUAUGUUUUUUGUUAUUUAUUUUAUUGUUUGUUAUUAAAGGUGAAUUAUAAAAAUGAAAAAA